AACGUCAGUGGUCAUUUGGGUCCAGUUCACCCGGUUGAUGCCAAUGGAAACACACAGGAUGGCGCUUGGAUGGGUGAUCCCAUGGAUCAGCAUCUACUUUGGACUGUCUGCUGCAUCCAGUGUCCCACUUCAGACUGUGACAGCAGUGCCAGUAUUUACAGAAGUGAGCGCAUCCCACGACAACCAGUUCUGCAGCACAUGGGGAAACUACCAUUUCCGGACUUUCGACGGAGAAUUCUUCCAGCUUCGCUCCAACUGCAACUAUCUCCUUGCAUCCAACUGUAAGGGCAGCUAUGAGGACUUUAACAUCCAGCUGCAACGACAGGAGACAGACGGGUCUGCUCCUCUCAAAUGGAUCACCAUGAGACUGGAAGGAAUGGUGGUGGAACUCUCCAAUUCUUCCAUCGUGGUCAAUGAUGAGAUUGUGACGUUGCCUUUCAGUCAAGCAGGCCUGUCCAUCAUGAGAACAUUCUCCUAUGUUAAGUUUGAGGCGACAAGUGGCGUCAUUGUCAUGUGGAAUGAAGAAGACACGCUCUGGGUUGAGUUGGAUUCUAAAUACAAGAAUCAGACUUGUGGGUUGUGUGGUGAUUUCAAUGGAGACCACACUGAUGGGUCUCUUGAGGAAUUAGAUGAAGCCUGGAAAACUGACAACUGUGACAAAAUCUUGCCUCCUUCCCCUCAGACCUGCUCCAUAAGUCAGAGGGCUGACUGUGAGAGUUUUGUGUCCGAGGCUUCCUUCCUGAGCUGUCACGAGCGAAUCAACAGUGCGGCCUUUGUGGACGCUUGUGUAAAGGACUUGUGCGCCUGUAAAAGCAACUCCACGUCCUGCUUGUGUUCAACCAUGGCAGAGUACUCACGGCAAUGCGCACACGCAGGCGGGGCGCCGCAGGAAUGGAAUGCGCAUUUGUGCGCUAAGAAAACAUGCCCGUUUAACAUGGACUACAAAGAAUGUGGGAGCCCUUGCAUGGACACCUGCAGUGACCCACAGAGGAGCCAAGUGUGUGAGGAACACUGCGUAGAUGGAUGCUUCUGUCCACCUGGGACUCUCUUGGACGACAUUGGUGAUAGCGGCUGUUUGCCCGCCGAUCAGUGCUCCUGUAUGCACAACGGCAAGCCUUAUAAACCUGGCGAAUCCUACUCCAGGGCCUGUCAGACAUGCACAUGUUCUCACGGCGAAUGGAAGUGCCAUGACACUGACUGUCCUGGUGUCUGCUCUGUACUCGGCGGGUCACACAUCUCCACUUAUGAUGAUAAGACGUACACUUUCCAUGGGGACUGCUCUUAUGUUCUUACAAAGGAGAUGAACGGGACUUUCAUUGUCCUGGGUGACCUUGUCAGAUGUGAAAAAUCCGAUCAAUCAACAUGCCUGACUGCAGUCACUCUACUGCUGCCCAAGUCCACGAUGAUUGCUGUUGACUCGAGCGGUCAAGUUCUCGUCAACAAACUCACCUCUCGUUUGCCUUUCUUCAUGGAUGACGUGACAGUCUUCAGCCCAUCCACCUUUUAUGUUGUGAUCCACACUGUCUAUGGGUUUCACCUCGAGGUUCAGCUCACGCCCAUCAUGCAGGUUUAUAUCAAAGCUAGUCUUCCCCAUAAAGGCAAACUCCAAGGUCUUUGUGGAGAUUUUAACGAUGUCGAAUGCAAUGACUUCAGAACCAGAAGUGGGAUGAUUGAGGGAACGGCUGCCGCAUUUGCCAACUCGUGGAAGACUAAAGGACGCUGUCCAGAUGUCAACCAUACACUCGGUGACCCCUGCCUUCUGAGUGUACACAAGGAAAAAUACGCUCACCACUGGUGCUCCCUACUGACUGACACAACUGGGGUGUUUUCCAAAUGCCAUUCUGAGAUCAACCCAGAGGACUAUCUGGCUUCUUGUAUAUACGACACAUGUGCUGGUGAAAACAGUUUGGACUCCGUAUGUGCUACCAUCUCCUCCUACGUUCACGCGUGUGCCGCUGCCGGCGUCUCCUUGACAGGAUGGCGAGAGGUCGUGUGCGGUGAGUUUCCCCCAAUCUGUGGACGCACGUGCCACUCUCUGGGUCAGCCGGACUUAACUUGCGAUGCCGAUUUGACCCCCGUGGACGGCUGCGGCUGCGCUGAGGGAACUUAUCUCAACGAGAGGGGAGAGUGUGUGCUGGCCUCUCAGUGCUCCUGCCAUGUGGGCGACAUGAUGCUGCGGCCGAAGCAGAUCAUCAGGGUUAGCACACAUUGCGCGUCAGGCUGCGUAUGUCCUGCUGGCUUGUUGUCCGACGGUAAAGGAGGUUGCAUCGAGGAGACGGAUUGUCCCUGCACUUAUAACGGACAAUCCUACAAGCCUGGAGAGACUGUUAAAGUGGACUGCAACACCUGCACUUGUAAGAGCCGACAAUGGGAAUGCACCAGUCAACAAUGUGAUGGAAUCUGUGCAAUAUAUGGAGAAGGCCAUUACAUCACCUACGAUGACAAGAAAUUCUCCUUUAAUGGGGAUUGUGGCUACGUCUUUACUCAGGAUUACUGUGGGGAAAACAAGAACGGCACCUUCAGGGUUCUUACUGAGAGCAUUCCAUGUGGACCAAGUGAAACCAUUUGCUCUACUGCUAUCAAGCUCUACUUAGGGGGAAAAGUUUGUGGUCUAUGUGGGAAUUACGACGGAAACAUCAAGAAUGACUUUACCACCCGAAAUAAAGAGGUGGUGGUAGACGCCUUCGAGUUCGGCAACAGCUGGAAAGUAAAGACUAACCUCUACAAAGGCCCAAACUACCACAGUGAAACCCAUCACACUAACCUUCAAACCCACAACAUUCACAAAAGAGCCUACUACAAUUACAACAAUAACACAAAAGCCAUCCACGCCAACAACGACUACCCCAACAGUUACAUCUGGACGAACAUCAACACCAUCGGAGUGUCUUCUACAACCACAGAAAAGCCUACCACUAUGGCCAGAACAACCAUUCCACCCACAGAACAACCCACCACAAUUGCAGAAGAACCCACCACCACGACAAAAGCCACACAAAAGCCGACCAUACCAACAACUACGUCAACAAAGGCAACCACACUUACAACUGAACAGACUAAAACCACCACAACCACAGAAAAACCCGCCACACCACAAAACUACCCACCACAGCUACAGAAAGACCAACCACUCUUACAGAAUCUCCAAGCACAUCAAUAG